AUGGGGGUGGGGGGGCGUUACUUUUUAGGGUGGGCUACUGCGCAAGUGCAAGACGGCAGGAAGCCGCAGGCCUACGCGCGCCUAGGAUUCCAGCGAGGCCAGCCAUCGCUGUACCACCAUCACGUGACAGUCACGCUUGCGCCCAACGCCCCAGCCCAGCUCCCCUUUCACCCAGACCCCAUCUCUAUCCUGGGAACCCAAGACCUCCCCAGCCCACAGGCCCGCCAGCACCCUCCAGAGCCCGCUAGCCCCUUCGGCUCCCGGCCCAGCCCACCAGACAUCUCCUUCCCCGUCAGACCUUCCCGGGUGGCCUUCUCAACCGGACUGCCCCCCACUCUGAGCUGGCCCUGUUGCCCUUCACCUGCGCCCUGCCCUCGGGAGCCGGCUGAGGCUGCAAGCGCCGCACAUGCGUUCGCGGGCCUCACGCUUCCCGGUGGAGCUGGGCUUCGUGAGGGAGCCAGAUGCCCAGGUGGGCCGUCUGCAUCGCCUCGCUAUGGCUGGAGGCCCGUGCUGGGGCCUGGCCAGGCUCCUGCGUGGAGACGGCGCUCUUCCUGUCCGCGCUCCUGGGCCACGCUUCGGCCGUGCGCCUCCUGCUGACCUUUGGCGCCAACCCCAACCAGUGACCGCUGCCUCGACGGCAGCACACCCGUGCACGCGGCUGCCUCCUCCGGCCGAGGGUUGGUGCUGUGGCUCCUGCUGCAGGCAGGAGGCGACCUGCGUCUGCGGGACCAGCAGGGUCGCACCCCUCGAGACUGGGCUGAGCGGGGUGAUAGCACGCAGAGCUGGGAGGUGCUGGAGCUGUUGCAGUGGUGCCGUUCCCACAUGUCAGCGCUGGUGCAGAGCGGGCAGUUGGCGCCCACCGUGUCCCUGAGUCACUUGCAGGCUGGCUCUGGGCACAGCCUGUGUGGCUCGCUACCCUCGCUGAGGCUGGUGCAGGCAGACAGGGCGCUGAGGCAAGGGCAGCUCAGGAGAUCCCCCAAAACCCCCGCGUUGGGGUUCGGCCAGCUGAGCUGCCUCCAGCCGCCGGCACUGGUAAUGGGCAUCCCGCUGGCAGACUCCAAGGAGCUGGCACCAACCCAGGGUGAGCCUGACCGUACCUACGAGAGCAGUUCUCAUACCCUCAUGGCCAACCUCCUGUGGAAGGGCCACCCCGUUACCGUGCGGCAGCUGAAGACCCCCGAAACCCGCCCCGAUGUGCUGUUGGCUGACCUUCAGCACUGCAGGUUAGCAGUCCCAGCUGACCUCCGACGCCAGGCCUGCUCUGUCCCCUCCCAGCAUCCUGCACCACCCUGGGCUGCUGCUGCUGAUGGCACUGAGCCCCUCGGAGGACCUGUCCAGACUGAGCCUGCUCUUUGAGCCCGUGUGCCUGGGCUCCCUGUAUCUCCUGCUGCACUCUCCAGGACCCGACCAGGAAGGUCCCCGAGCCCUGCCAGGCCUGCCGCCCUGCACGCUGCUGCUACAGGUGUUGGAGGCCCUGUUGUUCCUGCAGUCCCGCUGCUGGGC